UAGGGGCCGGCGCUGAAGUCCGUGCCAGCGGGGCUCACGUGGGAAAGCUUUCUGGGAGUGAGGCGACAUGGGGAGAGUUUUGCUUUAGUGGACGUAGGUAGCGGACAGGCCGUCAGGGUUUUCUUCGGAUACUUAGCGAUAGGACCCUUUGCUGGCCGUACUACGAUUUUUUCCCUCCAAACGCCCUUCAGAGCGCUCCGCGCCCGGAAAGGCUUGCGGCUUCCACCCGGCCCUGCUCGCGGGUGCCCGCUGCCAUGGCGACCCUGCUGCGAGCUGCCCUGCGCCCUCUCCGCCCGCCCCCCGGGCACCGGGGGCCGGCUGCAGACGUGCUGCUCCGAGGCGCGCGCCAUGGCGCCGGCCAGCUCUACCCUGAGCACAUCCCCACCUCCCUGCUGCAGAAGGUUCUGCUGGCCGCGGGCUCGGCCGGAAUGGCCCUCUACGACCCGUACCGCCACGACAUGGUCGCGGUUCUAGGGGAGACCACAGGACUCCAUGCCCUGAAGGUCCUCAGGGACCAAAUGAAGAGGGAUCCAGAGGGUGCCCAGAUCCUACAGGAGCGUCCGCGGAUCUUACUGUCCACCCUUGACCUGGACAAGCUCCAUAGUCUGCCUGAGGGCUCACUUGGCCAAGAGUAUCUCCGUUUCCUAGACGUGAAUAGGGUCUCCCCAGACACCCGAGCACCCACCCGAUUCGUGGACGAUGAGGAACUAGCAUAUGUGAUCCAACGGUACCGGGAGGUACACGACAUGCUCCACACCCUGCUGGGGAUGCCCACCAACAUGCUUGGGGAGAUCGUGGUGAAGUGGUUUGAGGCUGUCCAGACCGGCCUGCCCAUGUGCAUCCUGGGUGCUCUCUUUGGACCGAUCCGACUCCAUACCCAGGGCCUGCAGGUGCUGGUUUCGGAGCUGAUCCCGUGGGCAGUUCAGAAUGGGCGCAGAGCCCCGUGUGUCUUCAACCUGUACUACGAGCGGCGCUGGGAGCAGCCCCUGAGGGCUCUACGGGAGGAGCUGGGCAUCACAGACCCCCCGAUGCUUGUCAGGGCCCUGGCCUAGGCCCUGAGGUACUGCCCACCCUCAACCCCUGGGGGCAGAAGACUCUUUGGCCAUACCUUUGUUCCUUUGAACACUGACCCUUGGACAUCAUUUGUCAUAAUUUGUUACAACCGCUGCUGGGUGGCUUGAGGGCCACCCAGGAGGGAGCCAGGAGUUGCCCAAAGAGAACCAUGUGUGAGUGGGAAUCAGUCAUCCAGGCUGGUGGGGGCGGGAUGUCUCAGGUCCACUGCCCCUGUUCUGGACUGCUCUUUGCCAUCCAGGGUUUUUUGAGGGCCAGGCUGGAUUUCCUCCAGCAGUGAGGGCUAUACCCAGGUACAAAGGCCUGAAAAGGAGCAGGUGAGUCUGCUGUCUGAAUAAAGCCUGCCAUCAGGCCAACUAUCUGCCUCUUCCUCUAGCAGCCUUGGACCUUUGAGCACCAAGGGCAGACAUUCCCUUCAGCCUGAACUUCAGCUACUUGUCCUGUUUCCUUUGGUCUAAAGUCAGACAGACUGGGACUCAGAUUCCCAAUUCCUCCAUCAUUUUCCGGCAGAGGAACUUGGCCCCCCUGUCAGCCCAUUUCAUCAUCAGUAAAAGAGGAAUGAAAACAGCACCCACUUCCUAGGGUCACUGUGGGGAUUUCGUGAGGUGACACUCAGAAGAGGGCUUCAGAGAAAGGGCCCGGGGACAGAAGGCAAUUAUCCUCAUUGUGAUCACAGGUGAGGAGGCAGCUCUGAGGCUGCUGAUUCAUUUUGGAAUGGCACCCAGACAUUUUCCCUGGGUCAGGGCCAAGGAGUUGGGGACAGGCAGGUUGAAAGGAUCACUGGAAGAGUGAGUGACCCUGUUUUGGGUUUUAGAACGAGAAACACUGAGAGUUUUGGGGAGCCAGCUCCCCUUUGUGUGGAUAGGACAACCGAGGCCCAGAGAUGGGCAAGGAAUUGCCCGAAAUAACUAGAACACAGGCCACGUGUCCUCCUUGGUUGGGUUUCCUAUGCCUCAGUUUCCCUAUUGGUAAUAAGGGUUACAGUUUAUUUACAGCUGUACUCUGUGCGUUAGCAAUUGAGAUGCAUUAUUGCACUGAUGCCUCCCAACAACCCAAAGAGAAAGGCCAUACUAUUGCUUGCAUUUUACUAAUGAGGCAGUAGGAGCAGAGCUGGGUCUGGAACCACGGGCCUCUCCAAAACCGGCCCCACAUUGCCACACCAGCGCCUCAGCCUUCCUUGUGCCGACUGAGUCCCAGUCCAGGGCUCCCGCUGAUAGAGCUGGGAGGCUGGAGGCCUACCUCGGAACAGUGGCCUUUUCCAAGAGGGAAGCCUUGUCCUGAGCUCUUUGAAUUUCUGCAGAAAGAGGAGAGGAUUAGGGUGAGCUUUCUAUAUCUAAUCCUUCUUUGCAGCUUGGGCCAUCUUUCCAGACCCAGCAUGGUUCCGUGGCUUUCCAGGGUCCAGGCACCCCUUACCCCCAGGUCAGUAAAAGUCAACAGUGCCAAGUUAGGGGGAGAAAGGCCUGACUCACAGAUGGGCUUCUCUGCCCAACUGGGGAGUUCACCUGCUCCAGCCACCUGGUGCCUGAAUGGCCUGGGCCUUUACAGCAUUCAAGAGAUGGGCACUGGCUGUCACAAUUAGCUGGGAAUGAAGUCUGGUCUCCAGAUCUUAGGGUGGCACCAACUCACGAUUGGAAAUAAGUUAUACACUGGCAACAGCUACCACUUACUGAGUUCUUACCACAGCCCAUAAGGCUCUGCCAGCUUCUACCUAGAAACUUCCACUCUUCAUCUCAAUAAACUAUGUUGGCCUUCUG